AUGGCCUCAGUCCCGGCCAUGCAGUCCAUGCCAUUGCUCUUCCGGCAAUCACUCAGAACCAGUGCCCACAUCUCUCGCACAGCUCGACCGGCGCGGCUCCAGCUCCGCUCGACACCUCCGAACUUCCCCGUUAGACCAACAUCACGGGCUUUCUCAGUCUGCCUACAAUGCCAAUUCCGCCAACCACCUAGUACCUACGAUGCCUUCAACGACAAGAACAAGGAACCGAGCAGUCUAGACCCCCAACAUGUAGCUCAGGCUACCAAGGACGCUGAUGCAUCCGAUGCUACCACCCAGUCGGAGGCGGGUGCGGGGACCUCUCGUGGUGCAAACAUUUCUGCAGCGGAGUUCAAUCGGCUUGUAGACGAUUCAACCAUAAAGGGGACCGAGCGCGGACUCCUAGAUCACCUCGAAGCGGAAGAGAAAAGGGAGAGGGAGGAACAGUCGGGACAAGAGCAAAUCCCAAACACAGAUGACGCAAAGAGUGGAGGUCUCCCCUCCUACCUCGAGAGCCGGCGGUCGAAGCUGUCAAAGCAAUUCACGGGAAUGAUGGAUAAUCUCCAGUCCAAUGUUUUUGUAGCUGGACAGCGGCUGAAUGACCUUACCGGGUACUCGGGUAUCGAAGCACUCAAGAAGGAAAUCCACAGUCAAGAAAACCGCCUUCGCGCGGCACGCGCACAGGUCCGGGAAGCUAAAAAUGCCUACACCGCUGCGAUCAACAACCGUUCUACAUCGCAGCGCGAAGUGAACGAGCUCCUCCAGCGCAAGCAUGCCUGGUCUACCACCGACCUGGAGCGUUUCACCCUUCUCUACCGCAAUGACCAUACCAACGAGGUUGCCGAGACGGAGACGCAGGAGGCACUAGCGCAAGCCGAGCGUGAAGCCGAAGAGGCAGCGGCACAGCUGAGCAAGAGCAUUCUUUCCCGUUACCAUGAGGAGCAGGUGUGGUCGGACAAGAUCCGUCGCAUGUCUACCUGGGGAACGUGGGGACUAAUGGGCAUGAACGUUCUUCUUUUCCUGAUCUUCCAGAUUCUCGUGGAGCCGUGGCGCCGGCGCCGGCUGGUGAAAGGUUUCGAGGAUAAGGUCGUCGAGGCAUUGGAGAAGGAAAAGGCUCUCAACCAAGCUGCUCUUGUUGGAGGACUUGUACCGGCUUCGAAUCUGGAGGUUAUUGAUAGUCCGGUUGAGGAGUCCGUUGUGGCCACUGUUGCUACCGACCCGCCUAGCGAGACUUCCGAGGUCGCUCUUGUUGACAAUGAGGCUCAGAAUCAGGGCCUGCUGGAAACCCUCUCUCCCUCUGACACCACUCCUCAAACUCUAUACUCCCGUCUCGCUGGGAUUUCUCUUUCUCCCCUUUCCCUUGAAUAUUGGAAACAGACUUUCGAUGAGCUCCUUAGUGACCGCAGCGUCGCUAUGACCCAGCGCGACCUUACUGUGGCUGCCGUGCAGGGAGCCGCAGCUGGUGCGGCCGUGAUGGGUCUUCUGAUUGCCUUGGUGAAACCCCGGUAA